GGCUCGCCAGUAUCGUUUCGCUGCUUCACCAGUGCGGCCAGAGCCACCACCGAGCAAACAAACAGCAGCAGCAGCAGCAGCAGCACAACCUCCGGGAUCAUCAUCCUCCAGCUCCAGCUCCACCUUCGAGCCCCGAGGCAUCAGCAAGCAAACCAAGUGUCCUUUUGUGUAGCGUGUACGCGUGUGUGUUUCUGUGUACAUCGGUGCGUAGUUGUUGCGUGUGAGCACCGCGUGUGUGAGUUGGAGGAGCGCGCGCGCGCGCCUUUUUAAUCCAAACCCGAUAACAGGGCCACCGACGAGUUCGCGAAAAAAAUCCGCCAAGGCCUGUAAGCGCAGCGCCGGCGAGAACAGCGCGAACGAUUACCAACCAACUGGCAACAAAAGAAAAAGCAAACGGCCCCAAGCGAUCGCGAAGGAUCUAGAACGAUCUGCCAGUCAGCCAGCCAGCCAGCCAGCCAACCAUCUGCUUCGAACGUGUAUAGCGCACGCGCACACGCAGCCAUCCAGCCAGUUGACGAGUGCCGACGAGAAACGACAACAACAUGGUCCUCCGGAGUAAGCAACUCGUCCGGUAUGCCUUCCAGCGGCUACUGGUGCAGCAUCAACGGCAGCAGGUGCGCCUGUGCAGUGGCCAUGGCAUCCAGCAACAGACGGCGCUACGGGUGGAGGAGGAGGAUAGCUUUCCCAAGCUGGCCGACGUACCACCGAUGGCCGCCCCGUUCCCGAUGAAGCUCGAGCACGCGCCGGAUGUGGGCGAACAGUUCAAGUACGCCGAUCUGAGCGUGCGGCUUGCGGCACCGCAUCAGCUCAACCCGAAACCGGACGUCGACGAUCUAGCGUUUGGCAAGUACUUCACCGACCAUAUGCUACGCGUGUCCUACCACCGCCGCCUGGGCGGCUGGCAGAAGCCGGAAAUCACGCCGAUGGAAAACCUUAACCUUCACCCGGCCGCCAAGGUGUUCCACUAUGCGAUCGAGCUGUUCGAGGGUAUGAAGGCGUACCGGGGCUUCGACGGUAAGAUUCGCUUCUUCCGCCCGGAGAUGAACAUGGCGCGCAUGAACGUGACCGCGUACCGGUCCGGGUUGCCAACGUUCGACAGUGAGGAGCUGAUCAAGGCGAUGGCCCGGCUCGUGACGAUCGACUCCGAGUGGGUACCGCACACCGAAUCGGCCAGCCUCUACAUUCGCCCGACGCUGAUCGGGAUCGAGCCGACCCUGGGUGUUGCUUCGUCCGAUUCGGCCCUGCUCUACACGAUCCUGUCACCGGUUGGGCCGUACUUCAAACCGGGUGCGAGCGGGCUCAAGCUGUACGCCGAUCCGCAAUAUACCCGGGCGUGGCCGGGCGGUGUCGGCGAUCGGAAGGUCGGCUCCAACUACGGACCGACGAUCCACGUGCAGAAGGAAGCGCUGCGCAACGGGUGCCAUCAGGUGCUCUGGCUGUACGGUGACGAUCACCAGCUGACCGAGGUCGGUGUGAUGAACAUCUUCAUGCUGUACAUGAAGCCGAACGGAGAGCGCGAGCUGCUGACGCCUCCGUUGGAUGGGAUGAUCCUGCCCGGUAUAACGCGCGACUCCAUCAUCCAGCUGUGCCACCAGUGGGGUGAGUUUUCGGUACGUGAGGAAAAGUUCACCAUGUCCAUGGUGAAAAAGUUGUCGGAAGAGGGCCGGCUGCUGGAGAUGUUUGGCGCUGGCACAGCGGCCGUCAUCAGCCCGAUCGAGUGUAUCGCCUACAUGGGCGACGAGAUCUUCAUGCCGACGGAAACGCACGAUAAUCCGGUCUACCGGCGACUCUACACCACACUCACCGACAUCCAGUACGGCAAGCUGCAACAUCCGUGGGCCUACGUCAUAGACUAGAACGGCAUGCCGAAGAGUGUUCUGGGCCUGUUCCGGUCCGUGCACUGUGCAUGCCUUGUCCGUUCAGUUCAGUUUCAGGGCACAGCACCCCAAAACCCUACUAGGAGGCCGGGACAGAAGGACUGGAAAGUCACUUCUUCAGCCACCGUGUCACCAUGGUUGGAUCCUUGGUCGAUCCUUCAUAUCCAGCAUUCCAUCAUCAGCAGCUCCAUCUUGAUGUUGCGCCCUACCUCUACUCCAUUUCCACACACACACACAUUCACUAACCCCUUAACUCCCUCCCCCUAUUUUAUACAGCGAAAGUACGAUUGGAAAAGGAAUCGUUUGUACGAUAGGUGGAUCCUGCCGCUCUGGCGCAAGCCCGUAGUACUGAGUAUGCGUGUGCAUAUGAUGGGCAUGAUGAGGAGAUGUGAUACCUUCGCGGGUGGUGGAAGUGGUAGUAGUAGAGGGCCAAGCGCCAACUUCGAACCGUAUGCCACACGGGGUAUGGAACGCAGCGCAGCGAUCCAUGAACGACUCCAUGAAUGUAAUUUAAUUUUCUCUUUGUUUUGAACUUGCCAUUCAACAGAGCGCCAACUCUUUGCCAAAACCCCUUAUUCUCGUGCUCGCCACUCCUCUUGGAUGGCGACUUUAAAAGACAUCGAACUUAGGUUAAAAUAGACGCUAGAGCGUUUUUAGACAAGUUUCCGUUAGAUCGUUAUCGUACUGUGGCUGAACGUGCAUUUACUAGUAUCUAAGGCUUAAGGACGGUUCGGACGGGGGGUGGGACAUGGCGGCUCGAAGAAGCCGAUUUGCCAUAUUUUCGAUUUUCAAGCUCUCCGUUUUUCUCUCUCUCUCUCUCUCUUUCUCUUUUCCUCUCUCUUUUUAUUCCUCUUUGUCUUGUAUUUGAUCAUCCUAGUGGCAGGGAGAAACCUAGUGGCAAAUCCAGGAGGGAAUUUCUCUUUCACAAAGCAUAAAUCGUGAUAGAUUGUUGCUGUAUUGUUGGCGGCUGUAAAAUGUAUUAGAUUCUAAAUAUUCCGCAACAUUCCAAGCCUAUCUUCGUUCAAUAUGAUUGCUGGAGUCGGAUUUUGAUUGGAAGUGCGAUCGCAAAAUGAAAAUUUGUAUCACUUACUAAUUACAUAUGUGCAACUACUCCUACCGCCGGUCUCUGCCCCGUUUUAGCUGUUGCUUUCCGUCUUGUGAUUUAUAGGCCCUCCCUAGUUGUAUAAACUAGUUCACCUUCUCCUACAUUUGGCUUCCCCAGAAGAUAAGAAAAAGAAACCAAACUGCCCCUGCCCCCUGAUAUCGGUGUAUACAUUAAAAAUGUUUUCUCUAGUUCACGUACCUUCACUGGUUUCAUCAUCCUACUUUUGAUUGGGUGUGAGCGUUGAGAGUUUAUUUUUUUUAUUAGUAAUAAUUUCAUCUCUACUUUCCUUUGUUCUGAGAGAACAAUGUUGUGUCGUACAAAGCAAGAAGAAAGUGCAUUUCCUCCCAAUUUGAUGUAUCUCUUUUGUACAUAUAGUGAAAGAGACAGGCUAGUGGCUGGUAGUUGUGAAAGUUGCUGUUAAUGCUGCUGCUGCUGCUGCUACUACUGCUGUGUCGUGUUCGACAGAUUACGCAUAUGUACAGUAGAAGGUGGUGACUGCAGCAUAUUAUCCUAUUUAGGCGUCACUAGAUGCCUUUAGUGACCUAAGUUAAUUUAAGCGUAUGUGUCAUAAAUGUUGCUGCGCGUGAAAUUGCGUUAAAUAGGCAGCGGAUGUGUCAUAAAUCAUGAUGAAAAUAAAUUACGGAAACCUAA